AACAAGGAGACGGGGCUGGAGAGAGUCAUCGACAGCGUGGCUUCAUUCAAGUCAGUCUUCAAAUAUCAUCAGUCCACCUUAAAUGAAGCCAGGUGUGACAGGUAGAGGGCUGUAUGAGCUCCGCCCUGAGUGGAACAGAUACUUCAACCUGUACUUCCAUCACUACAGCAGAGCUGACCAGUCAAAGGCUGAGGAAGCUCAGAGGAAGCUGAGGAGACAGAGUGGCGAGGACACAGCCCUGCCCCCUCCCCCUCCUCCCCCCCUCUGCCCUCUCUUCGGCAGCCUGGUGAACCUCCUGCAAUGUGAUGUGCUGCUCGCCAUAGAGGGCGCCGUGCUGCAGUGGGCCGUGGAGCCCAGCGGGGGGGGCUGGACUGAGUCCAUGCUGCAGAGG